ACUACUGGAGUGAAGGCGUAUUUGGAGGGAUAGCGAUAACACGCUCGGCCGGCGGUGUGGGCUAAAAGACGAGCAGCUGCCGCCGCCGCUGCAUCACGGACACACCGCUCAGUGACCAGCGGACUGGCGGAGGCCCGGGGGGAUUCGGAGAGGCGUGAAUGGCAACAACAUUUCCUAAAAGAAAACCCUGCCCGUGAGACAACCUGUAUGCCAAAUGCGUCCUAGAAAAUAGGACGCGCGUUUGCCGUAAAUUAGACGUGGGCUCGCACGGCGGAAGUUUCUGCGAUCGAUUUUUUGGGGGGAGAUCUUGGUUUAUUGGCUGCAGUCAUGGACGAGGACAACCAAGUGCCCGAGGACCUGUCUUUAGAGGAAAGAGAUGAGCUGUCAAACAUACGGCGUAGGAAAAAAGAGCUUCUGGAUGAUAUUGAACGGCUGAAGUUUGAGAUUGCAGAGGUAAUGACUGAGAUCGAGCAGCUAACCUGUGUGGGGGAGAGCAAAACCACACAAAGAAACAAGCAGAUCGCUAUGGGAAGGAAAAAGUUCAACAUGGACCCAAAGAAGGGAAUCCAGUUUCUUUUGGAGAAUGAUCUUCUCCAGAACACCCCUGAGGACAUUGCACAGUUCCUCUACAAAGGAGAAGGGCUCAACAAAACAGUCAUCGGGGACUAUUUAGGGGAACGGGAUGACUUCAACAUUAAGGUCCUCCAGGCGUUUGUGGAGCUUCACGAGUUUGCAGACCUCAACCUCGUUCAAGCAUUAAGGCAGUUUCUGUGGAGCUUCAGACUUCCCGGCGAAGCCCAGAAGAUUGAUCGUAUGAUGGAGGCGUUUGCCUCCAGGUACUGCCAAUGCAAUCCCGGCGUCUUCCAGUCCACAGACACAUGCUACGUUCUAUCUUUUGCCAUUAUCAUGCUGAACACCAGCCUGCAUAAUCCCAACGUCAGAGACAAGCCCCCAGUGGAGCGCUUCAUCUCCAUGAACAGAGGAAUCAAUGAAGGGGGAGAUCUCCCAGAGGAGCUACUCAGGAAUCUAUACGACAGCAUCAAGAGCGAACCCUUUAAGAUCCCCGAGGACGACGGGAACGACCUGACGCACACGUUCUUCAACCCAGACAGAGAAGGCUGGCUGCUUAAAUUAGGGGGCAGAGUGAAAACCUGGAAGAGAAGGUGGUUCAUCCUGACGGACAACUGCCUCUACUACUUUGAAUACACAACUGACAAGGAGCCUCGUGGGAUCAUCCCACUGGAGAAUCUCAGCAUCAGGGAGGUGGAGGAGCCCAGGAAACCUAACUGUUUUGAGCUCUACAACCCGAAUCACAAGGGCCAGGUGAUCAAAGCCUGUAAGACAGAGGCAGAUGGGCGUGUAGUGGAGGGAAACCAUGUAGUAUACAGGAUAUCAGCACCCACGCCUGAGGAGAAGGAGGAGUGGAUUAAAUCCAUCAAGGCAAGCAUUAGCAGAGAUCCUUUCUACGACAUGCUGGCUACCAGGAAGAGACGCAUCGCCAACAAGAAGUGAAGAGGGACAAUCAAGUCAACCUCCAAACCCCCUCCAUCUUUAUCUCCUUAAGUUCAUGCAUUCAUAAACCACACACACUGCAAAGCUGGACUGAAGAGCACAGAGCUGACUUCAACCCCGAAGGCAGACUUUGGUUUCUUUCCUGGACUCUCCACAAGUUGUGUGCACUUGCUGGGGAGACAUCACACACUUGCUGGGGAGAAAGCAGCGCUCCAGCCAGUUUGUUUCUCCUCCAUCUCAUAUACACCCCCCUACCUCCCCAGUCAUGCUUAUAAGAUGUUUAUAGGUUUCCCUAAAGCACAACUGCCAUGUUUCAGGUGCACAUGCAUGCAUGUGGGUUAUUGUAGACCAAUAUGUUUGUAUUUGUGUGUAUGCAGCAGUGUGCAUGCUAUCGGUGCACACCGCAUCUACAGUAUGGGUGCAUAAGUGAUGCAAGUGUUCCCUCCAUUGUGCUUUAUGAAAAAAAGUUGUUAUUCAGAAUCAGUUCAGAUGUGUGGUCAUUGACACGGUGCGCAAAAUGUAAGGGUGACUGCUGGAGAAGGGGGGAGGUGGGAUGAGGAGAUGGAUGGACACGUUUGGGACGUGGUUAUGACCGCAGUGCAACCUCACCUGGACCAUGUCGUCAUCUCACUCUGGUGCUGAAUUCUUCUCUCAAGGUGCCACGGCUGAAGAGUAACCUCAGAGGACAUCAACAACAACAAAAAGAUGGCUUAGAUUUAGGUUCUUUACAGUCAGCUGGACUGAUUUCAUUUAUCUGUGUGGAGCAGAGAAUUUUGUAACGUGCAUCCUUUCUUACUUUAGUUGUGUAGCAGUGGCGCUUUUGCUAAAGCUUCAAAUUUAACUCGCUUUGUGGACUUAAAGUUGCAAUCCUUAAGAUUUCAGCACCUCUGGUUUGACGGUAUCCUGUCACACAUUUACGAACAUCUGCUCCCUUACGAGGGGUCGCCAGAGCAGGUAGCUCCCACACGUUUGCGCCUCCUCUCCGGAUCGACCCAAGCAUCUUCAGCUCGAGAAGUGAAUGUUUGAACUACGGCACUGUCUGCUGUUUACAAUGUUUUGACUUUGAUUACAACUAGACUUCUUCACACCUUUCCUCACCUUUAAUAUAAUAGUAUUUUUAAUAAAUGAUUAGUAUUAAAAAUACUAUUUCAAUAUUUUACAUAUGUAAUAUGGGGUAACCCAUUUCCAUCAGCCUUAAUCUUAGUGAGAAAUAUAUUAGGUACCUAUGACUGCUUCACAAUAAAAGCCCCCUUUUUAAAUGCUUUUAAUGUGAAACAGUAGCAGGAUACCAUUUGUUGGCAGCUGUGCGAUUCAGUUAAAAACAAUAAAGGUGUAUUUGACUUCAAUAGAAGAAUCCCAUGCACCUGUAUGUGAUGUUUCACAUAAGUCACACACAGUACACGUGAUGCUGUUGUUUGCUGUAUGUGAAUCUCUCAUUCAUGUGAAGGCAGAUUAUGUCCACCCGACAGGACCUGAUGGAUACGUGAAUGCCAGCUAUUAAGGGCAUCAAAUAGGAUCUGAUUUCAUUGAUAUCUUAAGGAUUAGAACUUUCAGAGCGCUUUCAUUUGAGAAAGUCAUUUCUGUCUACUGAGUGGGUUUUAAUUUUGGCUGUGCAGAAGCCCAGUUAGGUACCAGUCCAAUUAAGCUUCUUUUUUUCCUUUCCCUUAUCUAUGGGCCCAUGUGAGUGAAGGUCGGUGUGUUGUUGUGAUCCUGUUUGCAUUUGGUUCGUACUCCUAAAGAUCCUUGCUUGCCUUUGUGUUUCUUCUCUUUGAACAUUUCUAUAUCUAAUAACCAGCUAUCAUUUUUGUAUUUAUUUUCAUUUGUGAAAUGGUUUAAUACUACCUGUAAAUGUUCAGCAGUGUAUGCCUAAGUUAUGUUUGUAUAUACAAUGUAUAGCUUUCUGGUCUCUUUGUUGUAGUAUGCACAAAUUCUCUGUGUAACCAUGUUUGAGCCGACUGGCAGUUUGCAUCAGCUGAAGUUUGGGGUCUUCUUUGCAAAAGCCUUAAACAUAAUCAUUAUAAAAUAUAUGGGGAUGAUGAAUAUUGGAUAAAUAACUGUAACAACGCCGUUUAAAAAGCCAUGACUGAGUGAGAAAGGUGGUUGUAUUUAUGAUGAUGAUGAAGAUUAUAGUGAAUAUGAUGAUGAUGAUGAUUAUACUAAAGUAAUAUCGGUGAUGGUGAUUAUAUAAUUGAUGAUGAUGUCAAAAACACCAGUAGUUUUCUAUAUAAUUGUAAAAUACAAUGAAAGCCUUGUGGUCAGGGCAUGAUAUUAUCUUCUACUGCCCUGCGUGGGCUUAUAGUUACAUUAACUUUUAUAUUCUCUGUAAAAGCUAUUGGUCACGUUGUACAUCACGUGUAUCUACAUAAAGUAUACAUAAAG